CUGGUAAUGGGCUAGACUAUUUUCUUUUUCCUAAUAAAAUAAAAGGCAAAUAAUGUAACCAUGAUAAGUGAGGGAUAAGGAUCAGUGAUCAUUGACUAACUUCUCAUGUCCACGAAAAGGCCCCUGCCGCCGGUCCCGGCUGAAGCACCUUCAGGAAUAUAUGACCAUAUAGACCAAGAGAAUCCAUCCUUGCUAAAUUUACCCCAAAUAGACAACAGAGCUGUUAUUGUGAAAAACCUUCCAGCCGCCUAUACUAAAGACAAUGAGCAAAUACAGCUGUUUUUCGAGAGCAAGAAACGGGUUGGGCGUGAGCUAGAUGUUGAAGAUGUCCAAAUUGUCAGCAAUGCAGAGGCCGUGGUGACCUUUAAAACGGCUGAAGAUGCCAAUUACAUCUUACAACACCACAAGGAUACUCCGCUAGUAAUCAAAGAAUACACCAUAGAAAUUGUUCCCUCCGUUCCAAAGCGAACCGUGCGUCCAAAAAAAGAAAGCACUCAAAUAAAGGAAGAUACCCAGUCAGGGCAAUACAUGGAGCCAGCUGCGGCUGGGGGAUUUAGAGACGGUGCAACUGUUGAAGAUGAUUAUAACAGUGUUGUGGUGACUGGAUUUACAGAUGAUGUGACAGAUGACGCCUUGCGUGAUUACUUUGAGAACAAGCGGAAAUCUGGAGGAGGGGACACUGUAGAUGUUCAGGUGGACAGAGAGGGAGGAGUUGCACACAUAACGUUCUUAGAAAAAUCAGAUGCAAGGGAAGUUGUAUCAAGAACCCACAAGUUGAGUGACUGUGAUCUUACUGUUGUGCCUUUCAUCACCAGCAAAGUAGAAGUUCUCUUUGAGGAUCUUCCUAACACCAUUACAGAAGAUAGCUUAAAAAACUACGUCGGAGCCAAGGUCAGAGGUUCAGAGGUUUGCAAGGUUACAUUCAACCAUAACAGGGACAAAGCCGUGGUGCUAUUUGCUGAAAAUAUCGAUAUCCAGAAGGUGCGUGAUGCGUGUACUAAAUAUGCCAUUGACAGACAUCACCUUAAACCCAAAUGCAUACCCGUCACCACGUCCAUCAUUGUGUAUGAAUUGCCAGUGGAUAUCACCCACGAUUCUGUCAAGUAUUACUUUGAAAACACAAAUCAUAGUUGCGGAGACGACGUUUUGAACAUAGAUGAGCAUUUUGAAGAUGGAUACUGCAUCGUCAGCUUCAAACAAGCAAGUGUCGUCCAUAGAGUGUGCAGUAAACGUGGUGGACACUCUCUAAGUCGGAUUGCUGUGCAGGUUGCACCGUACAAUCCUCUUCUUGGCUUACCCUUUGGCUGUGAUGUGUCAAGUCACCAUGGCGCUCCUGUCAUCGCUCUUGACAAGGACUCUCAUGACACCCAUGCAGUGCAAUACACGGAGCCAUCAGCCGCUGGUGGAUCUGAAGACAAUGCAACUGAUCAAAACUUUUAUAACAGUGUUGAGGUGACUGGAUUUACAGAAGCAGUGACGGAUGACACCUUGCGUGAUUAUUUUGAGAACAAGCGGAAGUCUGGAGGAGGGGACAUUGUAGAUGUCCAGGUCGACAGAGAGGAAGGAGUUGCACACAUAACGUUCAAACAUGAUUCAGAUGCAAAAGAAGUUGUAUCAAAAGACCACCGUUUGUGCAACUGCGAUCUUACAGUUAUGCCAUUUAUCAUCAGCAAAACAGAAGUUCUCUUUGAGGAUCUUCCCGACGACUGUACAGACGAUAAUUUAGAAUUCUACAUCGAGGCCAAAGUCAGAGAAUCAGAGGUUCGUAAGCUUACAUUCAACCAGAACAGGGACAAAGCCGUGGUGCUAUUUGCUGGAAAUAUCGAUAUCCAGAAGGUGCGUGAUGCGUGUACUAAGUAUGCGAUUGAUGGACAUCACCUCAAACCCAAAUGCAUACCUGUCACCACGUCCAUCAUUGUGUUUGAACUAUCUGAGAAUGUUACCCACGAUUCCGUCCUGUAUUACUUUGAAAACACACACCGUAGUUGCGGAAACGAGAUUUCUAAAAUAGAUGAGCAUUUUGAAGAUGGAUACUGCAUCGUCAGUUUCAAACAAGCAAGUGUCGCCCAGAGAGUAUGCAGUAAACGCGGUGGACACUCUCUAAGCGGGGUUGCCGUGAAGGUUGCUCUGUACAAUCGUUUUCUUGGCCUACCCUUUGGCUGCGAGGUGUCAAGUCAUCACGAUGCUCUUAUUAUCACUCUUGGCAAGGAGUCUUAUGACAGUUACAAGUUGAAAUUCAUGAAGAGCAACUUGUCCAUUCAGAAUGAAACAAACGCCUUGCUUCAUACAUGUCAUGCUAUCGUGAAUGACUGGGGUAAUGAUCCUAUUGUCGUCGAAAGUACACUAACAAAAGAUGAACAAGGGUAUCGUAAAUUGGAGAAAGAAUGGGAGAGCAAUGUAACGAAAGUAAUCACUGGUGUAUUCGAUGAUAUCAGUGUCAGUAAACGUGAGGUUGCGGAAGAAGCUUGGUCAGCUAUGAUGAAGGAAGUCAGAGGUUUGAUCAUGACAUAUCCAGAUGACGUCGUUUUCAUUCCUGAGAAAGUGAAUAAACAAAUUGUAUUAGUUGCUAGAACAAAUAAAAUGGACUGUUCUUGGAAAGAACUCACAACUGUUAUCAAUAAAGCAAUAGCUUUAGUAAAAGAAAGUAAAGAAAAGACCACUCAAGAAGUAAAGUUUUCGUCGUGGAAAAUGAACUAUAUACAAAAAUCGGGCUUCUCAAAUGGAUUCAAGAAUGUAGAGAUAUCAUGUGAUGAGAAACAAGGAAAGUUAAUCAUAACAGGCAGCAAAAAGGACGUGACCGAUUGCGUUUUAGCUAUGUACCAGACAAUUGAAGGCACUAAAUCAAAGAAGUUUGAGGUUGAACCAGGACGUUCAGAAUUGUUAAAAAAGGAGCGCAUUAUCAAAUAUAUCGGACGAAAGAUGAAACAACAGGGUCUUAGCGAUGUCUGGGAGGUCGAGAAAGAAACUGUUAUAUUAUUUGGAGACGAUGAAAAUGAUUUUGACAAAAUGGAAAACAUUAUUCGGAAUGCACUCGGAAAAGUAUCCGUGUCACUAGCUGCUGACUUGCUUAGCACGGCGAAAUGGAAAACCAUUGAGCAGGAUUUGAGGCAAAAAUCAAAAGAUUGUUUGGUGGUCGAAUAUCAACGUGAUAAGAAAGAACUUGUCAUUUUCACUACCUCCGACAUGGAGGACCAGGUACAAGAUGCUGUAGAAGAGUUCUGCGAAAAGAAUUCCAUUUAUAAAGAGGAGUUCUCAGUUGAGGCACCAACAGCAAAGUUUAUGGAAAAACACUUGAAAUCCAAUUUUACGGGAGAGUUGGAUAGACUGAAAUCAAAUGGUUUAGUGAAAUGGGAAGUGCACGCAAAUGGGUCGAUAAAAGUUGAAGGAUCAUCUGAAAGUGUGAAAAAGGCAAAGGAAAUUCUAAACGGAAUUGCACGCAGUGUUCAUUGUGCACCAUUAGAAAUACAGAAAAGAUUUGUGAAGCACUAUUUUGGAUGCAAGAAAGGACAGGAUUCUCUAAAAACAGUUGAAUCGAGUGUCCCCUGUGUUAUUGAAGCAAAGGGAUCUAACUUCAACAAAACAGUCCGCAUGGGUAAACACCAAGCUCCACAACAGACAUUUGACAGGCCAACUACGGUUGCAGAAGUAACUGUGAAUGGGACAAAGAUUUCGGUGGUCGGAUGUGACAUUACAGCUCUAAGCGUUGAUGUGGUGGUUAACGCUGCUAACAGAGAGCUGAGACACGGUGGCGGUCUUGCAUAUGUUAUUCAACAAAAAGGUGGGGACGAGGUAGAACGAGAUUCCAAAGAUAGAAUCAGGAAAAAGGGCAACCUAAGAGACGGCGAAGUUUACAUGGGAAAACCUGGCAAUUUAAGCUGUAAAGCCAUUGCCCAUGCAGUUGGACCACGGUGGGACGGCGGGAAGAAAGGCGAGGAUAAGUUGUUAAAGGAAUCGGUUUUGAACUGUUUGAGGAAAAUGGAGAAACGGAAUUUCAAGUCGAUUGCAUUUCCGGCUAUCAGCGCAGGAGUCUAUAAUUAUCCCAUAGACCUUUCAUGUCAUGAUAUCAUGUCAGCGAUAGAUGCAUACGUACAGACUGGAACUUGCAAAGUCACCGAGAUUAUAGUCUGUGAUAUCAGCUCAAACACAGUCAAAGCUUUUAAAGCCGCACUGUGCGGACAAUAUCCGACGGCGACUGUUCUCCAGGAGUUAGGGGAUGAAAGCGACAGGCAAACACCGGCAUGGCUGGAAGAGACGGGUGCAAAGGGGCACCAUGAACGCCCCUCUUCCAGAAGACGGAGUGCAUCAAGACAAGAUUCACAAUUUGGAAACAUCAAAGUAGAAGUUGUUAAAGCGGAGUUAGCCAAAGAAACGGUUGAUGUCAUUGUCAAUUCGGCGUCGGCGGAUUUGAAGUUGGACCGGGGACAAUCGUCAAAAGCUAUAUUACAUGCUGCUGGUGAGAGUUUACAAGCUGAACUUGACAACAAUUAUCCGAAUGGCAUUGAAGUUGGAGAGAUCGCUGCAACCAAGUCGGGUCGGAUGAAAUGUCGACAAAUAUACCACAUUGCUGUAAAGCAUUAUAGUUCUAGAGAUCACAAGAAAUCACUCAAGCAGGUGGAAGAAGUCGUAUCAGAGUGCCUUAGACAGGCAGAUCAACAAAGUUACAAUUCUGUAUCGUUCCCUGCCAUUGGUACUGGUGGUCAGGGGUACCCAAAAGCAGACGUUGCAAGACAGAUGUUCUCAUGCGUGUCGCGGUUUGCUACAAAACAUCCGAAUUCUUCCGUGAACCAUGUGAGAUUUGUAGUCUAUCCGAAAGAUGAUGAAGUGUUUAAGGCAUUCACGGAAGAGGAAGGCAAUCCCCAAUCCAGAAAACAUUCUGCUUCUUCUUCUUCUUCAAGACAACGCAGUGAUCAUCAAAGAGGCGAUAUCACGUUUGGCAAUGUUAAGGUCACUGUCGUCAAGGGCGACAUAACUGACCAUAAUGCUGAUGCAAUAGUUGCAAGCUGCAAUAAAGAUUUAAAUCUAAAGAAAGGUAAAGUCACCCAAUCUAUCCUACAUAAAGGAGGAGACGCCAUCAGACAUGAGUGUGCAGCAAAACAAAGAGAUAUGCAAAGAGAAGGGGCGGUUUUAACCACCGCUGGAAAGCUGAAUUCCAAGCAUAUCAUUUUUGUGGACACAAAAUACAAAACGCACCAGUGGAAGCCAGUCGUACUGCAAUGUCUAGAAAUGGCAGAAGAACACCAACUACGUUCGAUUGCGUUUCCAGCUCUUGGCACGAGCGUCGGGUGCAGUCCUUCAGACAUGGCUGGUAUUAUGCGAUCUGCACUCGUGGAUUUCUCAAAGAAGAACGUCAAACACUUGAAUCAGAUGUAUGUUGUCAUUUACCAAAGCAGUAUGAUGACUGACUUCGAAGAAGGUCUUGCUCAGGAAACAAAAGGGCCAAGCAGUGGACGCACUUCAAAACAUGACUCUAAGCCACAAUCUCCUCGAAACACGGAUGACGAUUCAAUUUCCUUCACAGUUUACGCAGAAACUUCCCAAAACGUGGCUAAGGCUAAAAAACAGCUUGAAAGCACCGUGAAGACCGAUUGGAAGAAAAAGGAAAUGCACGAUAUAGAAAUCCCCAGCCUUAACAGAUAUCAGAUAAAGGAACUGCAGGAUCACGCCAGGAACAACCAUUGUCAUAUCACCAUCAUUCCAGAAAAGGAAUGUAUAGAAAUGGUUGGACUUGUAUCAAACAUAUCUGAUGUCCAGCUAAGGGUGUUCGAAAUUCUUAGGAAGGUCGACAAAUACAAACACGAAAAAGAGAAUGCUGAGGUGUUGGCAUCAAUAGUUAAAUGGGUGUACAUUAAGAAUGGGAAGCAAAUGCCCUUUAUGAAGAACGAAAACCGUCUGAUAGAGCAGGCCUUUAAAGCGAAGGAGAAGGGUAUUAAACUGAAAGCCCAACAAACUGAGUAUCAGAUAGACUUUGCUAUUAUGAAGGAGUGGGACAUUUCAAGCCCGAAAACCCAUUAUGAUGUUCUCAGACGUGACCUUCAGAAAGAAACCAAUAUUCAAAUUCCAACCAACUGGGCUCCAAUGAAAUCUAGCGAACAGGUCAAGAGUAUUCCAUUGUCACAUUCAGACCAGGAAUACCAAGAGGCGCUUAACGACCUAACAAAAACUCUUGGGCGUCAGCCAAAAAUAGUUUCGAUCGAGCGGAUUCAGAACCCCACACUGUACACUCAAUACGAAGCAAAGAAAAAACAAAUGGAGACUGCUAACAAGGGUACAAAGAAUGAACGCAUGCUAUGGCAUGGGACCGCCGAUUACGCUGUGCCUAGCAUCAGCGCGCACGGAUUCAACAGAAGUUACUGCGGCAAAAAUGCGACGGCAGUUGGACAAGGUGUGUAUUUUGCCACCCAGGCAAGCUACUCGGCUCAGAGCACAUAUUCACCACCAGACGGUUCAGGCAACAAGAAAAUGUAUCGGUGCCGUGUACUUACCGGAGAUUACACAGUAGGGAACUCGUCCAUGCGCGUGCCUCCUCCGAAAAACCCAUCAACACCGCACAUUCUGUACGACUCGGUGACGAAUAAUACUUCAUCACCGGCAAUGUUUGUGAUCUUUAAUGACACACAGGCCUACCCUGCGCAUCUUAUAACGUUUAAAAUGUAAUCUAUUUUGCAUAAUAAGCCGUUGCUUCAAAUACAAACAAUGCUGAUGCGCUAUUUACAAUAUAAGUAAAACAAGUGUUGUUUUGCCUUUUUGACACAUAAAUUAGUAUGAAUGCCCAAACACAAGGCACAUAAUAGUGAUGACAUCCAAAUACGACGCAUCAUAAUUAAGAUACUCAGUUUAAGAAGUGUGAAGCGAUUAUUAUUAUUUAUUAUUAUUAUUAUUAGUAUUAUUAGUAUUAUUAUUAUUAUUAUUAUUAUUAUUAUUAUUAUAACUCUAUGCCUAUGAAUAAUACGCCUUUCUAUCACUUUAUUUAAGCACGUGGAAAUAUUGUAACUUUUGUAAUGACAGGUGGCAUCUUGUGAAAAUGCAUUCACAUUCAAACUCUGAAAUGAUAUGGUAAAUACCAGAAUCUAUCACAUCUAAGCGUCAACAACUAUAUAAGAUGGAAUAUAUGUAGAUGGAUUGAUAUUGGCAAAGGUUUGGUUGCAUUGUCACAUUGUGAUUUCGUUUGAAUGUGAACAGAUUUUAACGGCAUUGUUAGACUUCUUAUUUAGCAUGUCAAUUGUAUGCUUUUAUCAUUAGUGCAAUUUCAGUGUAGAACUCGCAUGCUUGUCGUAACUGUUUUAGUAUACUAGUAAUAUCUGCGUCAUUUUCAUUGUUAAUUGGGUAUUCGUGAUAAAAAUGGUAGUUGCUUUUGCACUAAUACGCCGACUCGGUAUAAUUUCAAAAACCUAAAACUUUUUCAGAAAAAUAGCAAAAAACUAAAAUGAGCACGCCUGCUUAGAUGCUGUAUGGUGAAACUGGACGAUACCCGUUAGAAAUGAUCAUAAAAUGUAAAAUGAUAAAGAUCUACAAUCAUAUUUGUAGGUCAGACCUUGGCGAUGAAUACCACUACUUAGUAGUUUGCCCAUCCUUUUCAAAUGAAAGAAGAAAAUACCUUCCAGCCUAUUAUAUCAAUAGGCCAAAUACAAUUAAAUACAAGGAACCGUUAACUUGCACAAAUGUUUAACUAAUGACAAGAAUAACUUUGUUUGUGAAACACUUAAUAUGCAUCGUCAGUCAACCAGUGUAAUUCCUCCCUUUUGUUUGGUUAAAGCAAUUAUAUUGAGUCGCAUCAUACCGUUUGUAACAUACGUUAUGCGUGUACAAGGCACAGUCUUUGAAUUCUGACACUACAUUGUUUAUCCCUUUUAUUCUGUAAAGAUAUUUAAAAUUACUAUCACCCUGUUUUACACCAUGGUUAACAUAUACACAACAAUUUUAUUUCCGCCACUCGAGACAAGGCCAUCCUUCAUCGUAUUAGUAUUAUUAAGCCCUUAUUGACACUGUUCACCAAUCUUAUGUGUCCCCCUGUUGUCAUGUAUGUAUGACCUGAGUGUAAUAAAGAUGUUUGUAUUGUAUUAUUGUAUUUUAUUGUGAUACAAUGCUUUCAUUUGAUUGACCUUUCGUAACAAUCGAUAAGUGUAUAGCUUUUAUUUAUUGAAAUUGAUUUAUCCAGUAAUUUGAUGUAUGUAAUAUAUUUUUUCGAUUAAAGUAAUUGAUUUUACAUUAAUGAUUUCGUUAAUUAGUCAUAGAAUGCUUACGAUGUUCUUUUUUGUUAAUAAUGCUGCUUAUCUGUUUAUCGUUUAUUGUCAUGUUUAAGUUGUUAUUGUGCAUAUAACUUUUUCGUAUUCUUACAAACAGACACUAGUGUGAUCUUAAUUAAGUAUGUUUCUUUACUUUCUAAUUAUAUAUUCAUCACGUUUCUGAUUUUUUGUUUGCUUUGAUUUGUAUUUUUUUAAUAUACAUUGACCAAGUAUCCCAUGUUUCUGGGCUUAAAAUGUUAUUUAUGUAAACCAGACACAUACUUUACCAUUAACCUAUGUCAUAUGACACGGAUCUUCAACAUCAGUCUAACGAAAAAAGAGUUAGCCGCAUCCUGUUCUUAAAAUUAAACAAUAAAUCCCUUUAUGAGUACUCUCUUAAAAGUAUGAGUUGAGUUUAUUUGUUCCGAGUAAUUGACAAACCAGGAUGGAAAUUAAAAAAAUGUCAUUCAUUCACAUUAAAUGACGUAUAUCAGGGGCGUAGCUUGGCAAAAAUGAAUGUGUAGGCUCCCUUGUUCUAGGGGGGUUUGCGGGCAUGCCCCCCCCCCCGAACAUUUUUGAAAUCCUAUAUCGCCUCAGCUGUAUUUUGGUAUUUUGGGUCAUUUUUUGAAGGAAAAAUAAAUUUUAUAAUUUUGCA